UCUCCUCUCAAUUGAUUGAUUGCCUUCAUCUCUCUCUCUCUCACACACACACACACACCAUCCUCAUCAAUCUCGGUGCUUGGUUUUCCACAUUCCACAACUUUCUGCACACACCAAAAAAAAGAAAAAAACUGAUAAUAUGGAACUCAAAAGAUCGAAAUAUCAUCAAUAGAUCAUCAUAAACAUUCAGGUGUACAAAACCAGCAUGUCAAACAUACCCAUCUCUUUAUCUGAAGUUUGCCUCACUCUGUUUCGUCUAACCAUGUCUGUUGCAGACCCUUGGCCCUUUUCUUAAACCACAAACCCAAAUUCACUCAAACCCUCAAUCUUUUUCUUCCACUUUCAUCUUUUUCUUUCAAUCCCCGGCUUCAAUUUCAAAAUCCCCUGAAGAAAAUGAAGAAAUUCAGAGGCUUUUUGAUCAAAAACAGAGUAAUCUCUCUGUUCCGACGCAUUCGCCGGAGAUUCCGGUCAAAACCAGGCGGAUACCGUCGAUUAAACCCGUCAAACAGAUCAAUUUCACGUUUUUUGAAGUGGGGUUCUCGAAUUAAAGCGAAAGCAAGAGCGAUUUGCUCGAAAAAAUCAAAAUCGGGUUAUAUGCGGUUCCGGGAAGAUGAUCAGAUGCCGGAAACAGGGGUGGCGGUUCCGAAGGGGAAGAUGGCGGUGUAUGUUGGACAGGAGGAUGGGGAUUAUGAGAGGGUGUUGGUGCCGGUGAUAUAUAUUAAUCAUCCUUUGUUUGUGCAGUUGUUGAGGAAAGCAGAGGAGGUGUAUGGGCAUGAUCAUCGUGGCGGGAUCACGAUCCCGUGCCGGAUUUCGGAGUUUGAAAAUGUGAAGAGUACGAUUGCCGCCGCCGGCUCCGGUGGCCGGAAAAUGUUGCCGUGGAAGCGUCCUGGUUGAGUUAGUGUUAGUGACAGUGAUCCAAAUUUAUCGUUGAAAAUAAGUUUAGAGAGUUGUUUACUUGUUUUUAGUUUUUUUUUUUAAUUGUGGACAUAAAUAAUAUAUAAAAGUCUAGAAUCGUUUUAUUUACGGUUA